UGGCCAGCCGCUGCCGCAGCGGAGCCGAGCCGGGCGUGUUGGCAGGCGGCGAGACCUUAGCGGGCUGCUAGGAGAGCGCACGCGGCGGUGGACCUGCUGGGGCUGAUCGGGGGAGCCGGCGGGCGCCUCGGCCCGGAUCCUCCGCCUGGCAUGAAGCGCAGCUGCUGACCGGACGGAGCGAGCAGAAGCCAGACUGCGGGCGGCGGCGGCGGCGGCAGCGGGAGAUGGGCGGCGGCUGCUGCUGCGCCCCCGGCCGGGCUGUGCUCCUGCUGCUGGCGCUGGGGAUCCCCCGCUCCCGAGCCCAGAACCCCUCGGAGCCGCCCGCUCCCUGCGCCUCCCUGAGCGGCCCUGAGUUACCGCUGCGGCCGCUGGACGAGCUACCCGCCUGUGCCGCGCCGCCGGUCUUGUGGCUCUGCCCGGCUCCGCGUCCCGCCCGCGGCCUCUGGGCGCACCUGCUCGGGCCGCGGUGCGGCGACGGAGCGGCGUCGAGGUCGAGUGAGGAAGGGGAACUCCUCCUGCUAAGCCGCCUUCUCCUGGCCCCAGAGCCGGGCGGACGGUUCCGCAGGGGGCGAAGCCGGGCACUGUGCUUGGAGCCGGGCGCCCGCGUUCCCCUGCCGCCCGCGAGCUCGUGGGGAGGCUGCCAUCUGCGGUGCAGGGUGCAAGGUGGCGGCAGCCUGUCGCCCCACCCCCAGGGGGAACUGAUCCUGCCCCCGCGAGCCGUGUGCCUCCGGUCAGGGUACCCGCUGCGCCUGGGGCUCCUGUGCGGCCGCGGUGAGGAGAAGGGUGAGACCUUUGUCCGCUGGAGCCUGGGCCUUGGCUCCUCGCAGCACGAGAUGGAGAAGCUGUGGCGCUUGGAGGGUGGCCGCCAAGGCGCCGGGAGCAGCCGGGCGAAGCGCAACGUCAACGCCAGCCCGCAGUUCCAGAUGCCCACCUACCAGGUGUCAGUGCCAGAGAACAGGCCAGCGGGGACUCCCGUGAUCUUGUUGCGGGCCCUCGACCCUGACGAGGGUGAGUGGGGCCGCUUGGACUACUCCAUGGACGCGCUCUUUGACAGCCGUUCCAACAGUUUCUUUGUCAUCGACCCACAGACAGGGGCUGUGGCCACAGCUGAGGAGCUGGACAGAGAAACCAAAAGCACCCAUGUGUUUCGUGUGACGGCGGUGGACCAUGGCAUGCCGCGUCGCACCGCCCUGGCCACCCUUACCAUCACCGUCAGUGACACCAAUGACCACGAUCCCGUCUUUGAGCAGCAGGAGUACAAGGAGAGUAUGCGGGAGAACCUGGAGGUUGGCUAUGAGGUGCUGACGGUGAGAGCCACUGAUGGAGAUGCCAGCCCCAAUGCCAACAUCCUCUACCGCAUCCUGAAUGGGAAUGGGUCCAAUAGGAUCUUUGAGAUUGACGCAAAGUCUGGCGUCAUCCGCACCAAUGGCCUGGUGGACCGAGAAGCUGUUGAGGCUUACCAGCUGAUAGUGGAGGCCAAUGAUCAAGGCAAAGACCCAGGGCCACGCAGUACCACGGCCACAAUCCACAUCACAGUGGAGGAUGACAAUGACAACUCGCCUCAGUUCAGUGAGAAACGCUAUGUAGUGCAGGUACCUGAGAAUGUGGCCUCGAAUACCCACAUUCUACGGGUAAAUGCGACAGACCGGGACAAAGGCAGCAAUGCCCUCGUGCAUUAUAGCAUCAUGAGUGGCAAUACCCGGGGACAGUUUUACAUUGAUGCCCAGACAGGUAACAUUGAUGUAGUCAGCCAGCUUGACUAUGAGAUGAAUAAGGAAUACACUCUUCGCAUUAGAGCCCAGGAUGGAGGAAGGCCCCCUCUUUCCAACAUCAGUGGGCUGGUAACCAUCCAGGUGCUGGAUGUAAAUGACAAUGUCCCCAUCUUUGUCAGCACCCCUUUCCAGUCCACGGUGCUGGAGAAUGUCCCUGUGGGCUACUCUGUAAUCCACAUCCAAGCCAUUGAUGCAGAUUCUGGGGACAAUGCUCGACUAGAGUAUGCUCUAGUUGAUACUAGCUCUGAUUUCCCUUUUACUAUCAAUAACAACACAGGCUGGAUUGUGGUGGCCUCCGACUUGGAUCGUGAAGCUGUGGACUUUUACAACUUUGGUGUUGAGGCCCGAGACCAUGGUAGCCCUUCCAUGACCUCUUCAGCCAGUGUCAGCAUUACCAUUCUGGAUGUCAACGAUAACAAUCCUGAGUUUACUCAAAAGGAAUAUACCAUGCGCCUCAAUGAAGAUGCUGCUGUGGGUACCAGUGUCCUUACAGUCUCUGCCAUUGACCGGGAUGUCAACAGUGUUAUCACCUACCAGAUCACCAAUGGGAACACCCGCAAUCGCUUCUCAAUAACCAGCCAGAGUGGUGGUGGCCUCAUCACCCUGGCCCUACCCUUGGAUUACAAAUUAGAGCGCCAGUAUCUGCUUACUGUUACUGCAUCUGAUGGUACACGACUUGACACAGCCCAGGUCUUUGUUAACGUGACUGAUGCCAACACACACCGACCAGUAUUCCAAAGUUCUCAUUACACUGUUAACAUCAAUGAGGACAGGCCAGUGGGCACCACCGUAGUGAUUAUUAGUGCUACUGAUGAGGACACAGGAGAAAAUGCCCGUAUCACUUACUUCAUGGAAGAUAGUAUCCCUCAGUUCAAGAUUGAUAUGGACACUGGUGCUGUCACCACUCAGAUGGAACUGGACUAUGAGGAUCAGGUGUCCUACACAUUGGCAAUUACAGCCCGGGAUAAUGGUAUCCCACAGAAAUCGGACACCACCUACCUGGAGAUACUAGUCAAUGAUGUAAAUGACAAUGCACCUCAGUUCUUAAGGGAUAACUACCAAGGUUCUGUAUAUGAGGAUGUCCCAGCCUUCACUAGUGUCCUUCAGGUUUCUGCCACUGACAGAGACUCUGGGCUGAAUGGGAGGGUGUUCUAUACCUUUCAAGGUGGGGAUGAUGGGGAUGGAGACUUCAUAAUUGAAUCCACCUCAGGCAUUGUUAGGACUUUGCGUAGGCUGGACAGGGAGAAUGUCCCACUGUAUGAGCUUAGGGCAUAUGCAGUUGAUAAGGGCAUGCCAGCCAUGAGGACUCCUAUUGAUGUCUAUAUCACUGUUCUUGAUGUCAACGAUAACCCCCCUGUCUUUGAACAGGAUGAGUUUGAUAUCUUUGUUGAGGAGAACAGCCCCAUCGGCUUAGUGGUGGCCCGUAUCACUGCGAGUGACCCAGAUGAGGGCACCAAUGCUCAGAUCAUGUAUCAAAUUGUGGAAGGUAACAUUCCUGAGGUCUUUCAACUUGACAUCUUCUCAGGAGAGCUGACAGCAUUGAUGGAUUUGGAUUAUGAGGCCAAGUCUGAGUAUGUCAUUGUGGUCCAGGCUACUUCAGCUCCACUGGUUAGCCGGGCUACCGUGCAUGUCCGUCUUUUGGAUAAAAAUGACAACAUUCCAGUCUUAAAGAAUUUUGAGAUCCUCUUUAAUAACUACAUCACCAACAAAUCCAGCAGUUUCCCCACUGGUGUGAUUGGCAGAAUCCCAGCCUAUGACCCUGAUGUCUCCGAUACUCUUACCUAUAGUUUUGAGCAAGGCAAUGAACUGAAGCUGGUGCUCCUGAACCACAGUACUGGAGAGCUACAUCUGAGCAGGGCCUUGGAUAACAACAGGCCUUUGGAAGCAGUCAUGAGAGUAUCUGUGUCAGAUGGGAUCCACAGCGUGGCAGCCCAGUGCACCCUCCAAGUGACCAUCAUCACAGAUGAGAUGCUGACCAACAGCAUCACGCUGCGGCUGGAGAAUAUGUCCCAGGAACGCUUCCUUUCUCCUCUGCUGGCCCUCUUUCUGGAAGGGGUGGCAACUGUGCUAUCUGCUCCCCGCGACUAUGUGGUCCUUUUCAACAUCCAGAACGACACAGAUGUGCGGGCCACACAGAUCCUUAAUGUCAGCCUGUCGGUGUUGCUGCCAGGUGGGGCCCACGGGGGGCGCUAUAUCCCUUCUGAGGACCUGCAGGAGCGGCUGUACCUCAACCGCACGCUCCUGGCUGCCAUCUCGGAGCAGCGGGUUCUGCCCUUUGACGACAACAUUUGCCUACGGGAGCCCUGUGAGAAUUACAUGCGCUGUGUCUCGGUGUUGAAGUUUGACAGCUCAGCACCCUUCAUUGCCUCUGAUACCAUUCUUUUCCGUCCCAUCCACCCUGUCAAUGGUCUACGCUGCCGCUGCCCACUUGGCUUCACGGGUGACUAUUGUGAGACGGAGAUUGACCUCUGCUAUUCUAACCCCUGUGGCAGCAACGGGCACUGCCGAAGCCGUGAAGGAGGAUAUACUUGCGAGUGCCGAGAGGGCUACACUGGGGAGAACUGUGAAAUGAACUCCCGCCUGGGUCGUUGCACCCCAGGGGUCUGCAAGAAUGGCGGCACCUGUGUCAACCUUCUGGUGGGCGGGUUCAAGUGUGAUUGCCUGUCAGGAGACUAUGAGAAGCCCUACUGCCAGAUGAGUACCCGCAGCUUCCCAGCCCACUCCUUCCUCACCUUCAAGGGGCUGCGUCAGCGCUUCCAUUUCACCAUUGCCCUCACGUUUGCCACAAAGGAACGGGAUGGGCUGCUCCUCUACAAUGGGCGCUUCAAUGAGCGACAUGACUUCGUUGCCCUGGAGAUUGUGCAGGAGCAAGUUCAGCUGACUUUCUCAGCAGGAGAGUCAACAAGCACAAUAGCCCCAUUCAUCCCAGGGGGCGUGAGCGAUGGGCAGUGGCACACCGUCCACCUGCACUACUACAACAAGCCUAUCAUGGGGAUGUCUGGAAUUCCUCAGGGGCCCUCUGACCAGAAAGUAGCUGUAGUAACAGUGGACGACUGUGACACUUCAGUGGCCUUGAAGUUUGGCUUCAUGCUGGGAAACUAUUCUUGCUCAGCUCAAGGGACGCAGUCAGGCACCAAGAAGUCCCUGGAUCUGACAGGCCCACUGUUGUUAGGUGGUGUCCCUGACCUGCCUGAGAGCUUCCCUGUACGGAACCGGCACUUUGUAGGCUGUAUACGGGACUUCCUGAUUGAUAACCAAGAGGUGGACAUGGCUGACUUCAUUGCCAACAAUGGGACAGUGCCAGGCUGUUCAGCCAAGAAGAAUGUUUGUGACAGCAAUACUUGUCAUAAUGGCGGCACAUGUGUCAACCAGUGGAACACCUUCAGCUGUGAAUGUCCCCUGGGUUUCGGAGGCAAGGACUGCAAGCAAGAAAUGGCAAGUCCCCAGUGCUUCCUGGGCAGCAGCGUGGUAACCUGGAGCAACUUGGCAUUAGUGAUUACACUUCCAUGGUAUAUUGGGCUUAUGUUUCGUACCAGACAAAGCAAUGGCAUCCUCCUGCAUGCUGCAGCUGGGCAGCAUUCCACCAUCACCCUGUGGUUAAGCGAAGGGAAUGUGCUGAUGACUGUGUACCGUGCCAACAGCCAGGUCGCGGCACUGCAGCUGCACCAGGUGAAGGUGAAUGAUGGUGACUGGCAUCACUUGCAGUUGGAGCUGCACAGCAGCAGGGACAACCCAGAAGCCCGGUGCUUAGCCAUAAUGGCCUUUGACUAUGGCCUAUAUCAGGUGGCAGCCAACAUCAGCAGUGAGCUGCAUGGACUGAAAGUGCGGAACCUGAGCAUUGGUGGUGUGCCAGGGGGGCAGGGUGAGGUGCUGCAAGGCUUCCGUGGCUGCAUGCAGGGCGUAAGGAUGGGUGAGACAUCAGCCAGUGCUGUGGCUCUGAAUGUGAACCAGGCCGAGAAGGUGAAUGUGGAACAUGGCUGCAGUAUCCCGGACCCUUGUGAUUCCAACCCUUGCCCUAUCAAUAGUUACUGCAAUGACGACUGGGAUAGUUACUCUUGCAGUUGUGAUCCAGGUUAUUAUGGAGACAGUUGCGCCAAUGUCUGCUCCCUCAAUCCUUGUGAACAUCAAGCCGUGUGUACCCGCAAGCCCAGCUCAUCCCAUGGCUACACCUGUGAGUGUCCUGACAACUACUUUGGGCCAUACUGCGAGAACAAGCUUGCUCAGCCCUGCCCACGGGGGUGGUGGGGGCACCCUAUAUGUGGACCCUGCAAUUGUGAUGUUGGCAAAGGAUUUGACCCUGACUGCAACAAAACCAAUGGAGAGUGUCGCUGCAAGGAGAACCACUAUUUGCCGGUGGACAGUGCCAUGUGCUUGCUCUGUGAAUGCUACCCCACAGGCUCUCUCUCUCGCACUUGUGACUCUGAGACUGGGCAGUGCUCCUGCAAGCCAGGUGUGAUUGGGCGCCGCUGCGACCGCUGCGACAACCCCUUUGCAGAAGUCGCCCUCAAUGGCUGUGAAGUGAAUUAUGAUAGCUGCCCUCGUGCCAUUGAAGCAAACAUUUGGUGGCCACGCACCCGUUUUGGCUUGCCUGCUGCUGCACCUUGCCCCCGAGGAUCUGUCGGUACUGCUGUGCGGCAUUGUGAUGAACACAAGGGCUGGCUGACACCCAACCUCUUCAACUGCACCUCACUGACUUUUGCUGCUCUCAAGGGCUUUGCAGAGAGGUUGUGGCGGAAUGAGUCACUCUUGGACACUGAGCAGUCUCAACGGGUGGCGCUCCAGCUUCGCAACGCUACGCAGAACACAGCCAGCUUCUUUGGCAGUGACAUCAAGGUGGCUUAUCAACUCUCAGCCCAGCUCCUGAAACAUGAAAGCAUCCAAGAAGGCUUUGGCUUGGCAGCUACACAGGAUGUGCACUUCACAGAGAACCUACUCAAGGUGGGCAGCGCUCUGCUGGAUACUGGCAACAAACGCCACUGGGAGCUGAUUCAGCAGACAGAGGGUGGCACAGCACAGCUGCUCAAGAAUUUUGAAGAUUAUGCCAGCACUCUGGCCCAGAAUAUGCGCAAGACGUACCUGAACCCUUUCACCAUCAUCACACCCAAUAUUGUUAUUUCUGUGGUGAGGCUGGAGAAAAUGAAUUUCGCUGGUGCAAAGCUGCCUCACUAUGAGGCACUGCGGGGCGAGAAACCUGCAGACCUGGAGACUACUGUCAUCUUGCCUGAAAGUGUCUUCAAAGCUCCAGAAAGCAAACAACCUUCUAUGGCCAAUGCCAAGCAUCUCCCUGGCAGUGGCGAGGAAGAAGAAUCUGCCCUGAUGACAAGACAGAAGAGGCAUCCAGAUCUGAAUGAGGGCCAGGCCAUUGCCAGUGUGAUCAUCUACCGCACGCUGGCAGGUCUGCUUCCUGAGCAGUAUGACACAGAUAAGCGGAGCCUGAGAGUCCCCAAGCGCCCCAUCAUCAACACCCCAGUGGUGAGCAUCAAUAUCCAUGACAAUGAUGCCCUCAUGCAACGGGCCCUUGAGAAGCCCAUCACAGUGCAGUUCCGGCUGCUGGAAACUGAGGAGCGGACCAAGCCUAUCUGUGUCUUCUGGAACCACUCCAUCUUGGUCAGUGGAACUGGUGGCUGGUCAGCCAAAGGCUGUGAGGUUGUCUUCAGGAAUGAGACACACGUGAGCUGCCAGUGUAGCCACAUGACCAGCUUUGCUGUGCUGAUGGACAUUUCACGAAGAGAGAAUGGUGAGAUCCUGCCCCUGAAGACCAUUACAUAUGUCUCCGUUGCCGUGACGCUGGGCAGCCUUCUGCUCACUUUCCUCUUCCUGGCUGGCCUGCGGGCCCUGCGAUCCAACCAGCAAAGCAUCCGCAAGAACCUCGUGGUGGCACUGUUUCUCUCCGAGCUCAUCUUCCUACUGGGCAUCAACCAGGCUGACUUGCCAUUUGCCUGCACUGUGAUUGCCAUCUUGUUGCACUUCUUGUACAUGUGCACCUUUGCCUGGGCACUCCUGGAAGCGCUGCACAUCUACCGCAUGCUGAGUGAGGUGCGCGAUAUCAACUACGGCCCCAUGCGCUUCUACUACAUGGUUGGAUGGGGCGUGCCAGCAUUCAUCACAGGACUUGCUGUGGGCCUGGACCCUGAAGGUUAUGGGAACCCAGAUUUCUGCUGGCUGUCCAUCUAUGACACACUGAUUUGGAGCUUUGCUGGACCCAUUGUUUUUGCUGUUGCAAUGAGUGUUUUCCUCUAUGUCCUGGCCACCAAGGCCACUUGUGCUGCUCAGCAACAGGGUUUUGAGAAGAAGGGGACAGUCUCCGGCCUACGCUCAGGCUUUGUCUCCCUUCUGCUGAUCAGUGUCACCUGGUUGCUAGCUCUGCUGUCUGUCAACAGCGAUGCCAUCCUCUUCCACUACCUCUUUGCUGGCUUCAACUGCCUCCAGGGACCCGUAAUCUUCCUCCUCUGUGUCAUCUUAUGCAAAGAAGUGAGGAAGGCUCUCAAAUCUAGUUGUGGCAAGAAGCACAGCCCAGACCCCACAUUCACCACCAAAUCUACUCUGACAGCGGCUUAUAACUGCAAUAACACAUAUGUGGAUGGGCAGCUGUACCACACGCCCUUCGGAGACUCCACUGGUUCCUUGCAUAGCACCGUCCGCUCAGGCAAGAGUCAGCACAGCUACAUCCCUUUUGUGCUCAGGGAGGAAUCUGGCUUGAACAACAGCCAGGUGCACAUUGGGGCCCCGGAUCCCAGCUCGCUCUUCUUGGAAGCCAAGGAUCAAAACAAUGAGCGUGACACUGACUCGGACAGCGACCUCUCCCUGGAGGAUGACCAGAGUGGCUCAUAUGCUUCCACCCACUCCUCUGACAGUGAGGAGGAUGAAGAAUUUCCCAGGGAGCCUUGCUGGGAGAACUUGCUGUGCCCUAACAAUGAGAAACUGCCAGCUCACAGCACUCCAAAGGUGGACAACAUCUCUGGCCCUGGAAAACCUUAUUGGCCAGGUGACUUUGUGACUACUGCUAGCGAGAGUGAUGGGCAUGCUGGCUCAGAGAAGCUGCGUGUGGAGCCAGUGGGAAAGAAUGACCGUCUGGGGCCCACAGAAGAGAUGCCCAGAGAAAAUGGAGAAACACAGCCCAGGGAAGGCAUCUUGGGCUCACUGCCUCACCCCACUGCCCAGCCCCAGAAAGGCAUCCUCAAGAAGAAGUGCUUGCCGCCCAUCAGUGAGAAGAACAGCAUCCAGCGCAUCCACAACAAGCUCUCCAGCUGCCGCUCAGGGAUGGUGUCAUCACAUGGCUCUUUGGGGAGUGAUGGUAGCCGUGGGGGAGGUCCCCCACGACCCCGCCAGACUCUACAGGAGCAGCUCAAUGACCUUACGCCCAUCACCAUGAGCAUAAAGACUGGCACAGUGGAUGAGGACUCUUCGGGCUCCGAGAGUGAUGAAACCUCAAUCUGACGCCGACGCCUGCACCAGGCUCUUUCUCUUGUGCUUUGGCCAGUCCGGGAGCCAGGAUUGCUCCCCAAACCGCAGCGAGGAAUGUUGCCUCCUUCAGCCCAGCCCGGCCCAGGAGGAUGCCGGAUCCACCGUAUGUAGUGCCAAAUGAAAACUGAGCUGCCUCCCUGGCACCUGGGGAAAUGGCAGGUCCUGGGAGGCGGACCUACUUGAACCGAUGCACUUUGGAUCAUUGUGAAACAGACAGAAACAGAAACACAAACUUGACCACCUCCAAGUCUUCAGGGAUUUUCAUGCUUUGUUGCCCAGUCUGGAACUGCUGCGUGUCUGGAAUAUUUUUUUUCCUCUUUCUUAUCUAUCAAGAUUGGGCUGGGGGAACCUCAGCAGUAACCACAUGCCCGGGCUUCUGGAAAUGCAUUACUGUGAAGAUGUUUGCAUAUUUGACAAUGGGGCUGAGCUAGGGGUUUGUGCACUUGAAGAUGGCUGCCACUAGUAGGCACUGAGAACCGUAGGUUUUAGCUUGAGGCAAAUCCGGAGUGGAGUGCAGGAUACUGCUCUGGCAUUGUUCUAGAAUGGCAGAACUGCAACUUUGAAUGAAGCCUGCGGGUGUGACAGUCUGGGCUGUGUGAGGGACCUGCAUGAGACCUAUGCUAAGUGCUGCUUAGGGAUAGCAGGCCAACUUUGCCUUGAAGCUGACUCCCUGGGGGGCCCUCAGACCCCAUCUGUACAUGCCGCCCUCUGCAGUGGUGUGUGUCAUAAUCAUGCUUUUCUAUGAUCCAGUCGCAUGGGCUUACACACACCUCGCAAGGUGCAAAUGAGGCAUGUUAAAACAGUGUAGGUAAGCCUUCAGCUAUUUGGCAUAUCAGCAAGUUGGGAGUCUGAAAUCUUGGCUUUGCCAUUCUGAGCAAGCAUGGAAUUGGGAAGGAAACUAUCAUCCAAAUAGCUUUCCCUGGACUCUGUAUACAUACACUACUGCUCCUCACAGGGUAGUGCCUAAUACCACCUCCGGUGUUCUGCCCAAGGAAAAUAAAAUAUUUUCCUUGAUUUUCUUGUUUUAACGCAGCAGCAGGGUUGUGACAGAAACCCAGAGCCAUUGGCACAGGAUAUAAAUCACCAUCAUGUUGUCUACAUCCAUGGACUGGACACAUUGCUGGAUCAGCUGUGGAUCUAGUCCCUUCUCUGGUAAGAAGUUGCUUCCUCUAGUCUCCAUGAAACCAGGGGCUUAGGACCUACGAUAGGCCACUGGUGACAUAAAUGGGAAUACUCCUUCUUGGACCAGAAUAAUGACUUUUUAACCGCUUUUGGUUGUGACAGCCACUUCUCUUCAAGCUCAGCCUGCCAAUCCAGUGACUUGGCCCCAAUGGGAUGCUCCAAGAGGCAGUCUACAAGGUGCUGAGCACCGUGGGCGUGGCCUGCUGAGCCAUCAGUCCAUGCUGCAAUUAUUUUCGUAGAAAAUGACAAAAAGUAAAAAGUUCCACCUCCCCGCUCCUCUCAGCCAGACAGCACCUGAUCCAUGUGCUGCUGGGCUAGAGCUGAGAUGCUGCCUUGAUGUCUCCCAAUAGCACCUGGCUCUCGUGCCAACAAGGUGCUGCCUUUCUGCCUCAGAAGCCUUCAUUUUUCUACACUCAGUCAAGCCUGAUGCCUGCUCAUAAUAGGGAUUUUCAUGCUGGGUCCUUUUGGAAAGUACUUUUUUAUAAUGUUUCUUGGGAAAGAGAUUUUUUUUCUGACACAGGAGUGGGGA